ACGUUAAUUAUAGCUCUUUUCUUUGUGUUUUACUUGAUACACUUUUAUAAUCAGCUGAAAAUAGGGCGAUCGUACAUAAAUCGUCCACGUCUGUUUAAAACAAUGGUUACUUCCUCGUCUUUAUCAUCUUCCGUGAGACCCUUACAUUAGAAUUCUAUACCGGAAGUGGAGAGUGUAAACAGACCACGCGCGCAGUCAUGACCCAUGACUGUCAGUGAUGAAGCAGUGUUUCCUUGCACCACAUGAAUGUUUGCCUCACUUCCACAGGGAUGCAUCACUAAAGCGGCCUUCGACGGGUUUCGGCGAUCUAACUGCAUUCAGAAAUCCAGCCGGAGUCAGAGCUCGUGAAUCUUCCGCGGAGAAGCGCGAUGCCGCGGCGCAAGAGAAAUGCGGGCAGUAGCUCUGAAGGUACAGAGGACUCCGACUUCUCCGCUGAGCACACGGACAGCUCAGAGAGUGACGUCCACACGGUGAGAAACACGCGGCUCACGCGCUCCUCACUGCGCCUCAGCCGCAACUCACAAGAUCGCAGUCCUGUGGGGAACCGGUCGGCCCUGGUUUCAGAGGAGGUGGUGAACUCUUCCAGUCGGCGCGUGACUCGUAGUCAGCAGCAGGGGGUGUCAGUCCUGCACAAGAAAUACCCCUUGAGGCAGAGUCGCUCUUCUGGCUCAGACACGGAGCAGCACGGGGAAACCUCAGAGAGGGACAUGAAACAAAGUGCAGACCAUGACGAGUCCCCACCCAGGACGCCCACCGGCAACGCUCCUUCCUCUGAGUCUGACAUCGACAUGUCCAGCCCAAACGUGUCUCAUGAUGAGAGUCUGGCAAAGGAGCUGUCUCUGAAAGAAUCCGGCCUUGCUCACCGGCCCAAACGACGACGCUUUCAUGAGAGCUACAACUUUAACAUGAAGUGCCCCACACCUGGUUGUAAUUCACUCGGACAUUUGACAGGGAAACAUGAAAGGCACUUUUCAAUAUCUGGAUGUCCACUGUACCAUAACCUUUCAGCAGAUGAGUGUAAGGUGAAGGCAAGCUCUCGAGACAAACACGUGGAGGAGAGGAUGCUGUCACAGCGGCAGGAUGAGAAUCGUCAUUCCGCUCGGCAACAGGCCCAAACAGAGCGACAGCUGCGGUAUAAAGAAAAGGUGACAGAGAUAAGGAGGAAGAGAAACUCUGUUCCCCUCAAAGAGCAAAAAGACAAGUAUCCAGUGAGUACACAGACCCAUUGCAGCAGUCGUGAGCCUCUGCUGGAGAACAUCACCAGUGACUAUGACCUGGAGCUGUUCAGAAAAGCCCAGGCAUGUGCCUCGGACGAUCUUGAAAAGCUCCGGCUGCAGGGACAGGUCACGGAGGGCAGCAACAUGAUAAAGACCAUAGUGUUCGGCCGCUACGAGCUGGACACCUGGUAUCACUCGCCGUACCCCGAAGAGUACGCCCGCCUCGGCCGUCUCUACAUGUGCGAGUUCUGCCUCAAAUACAUGAAGAGUCAGACCAUUCUGAGACGUCACAUGGCCAAAUGUGUGUGGAAACAUCCACCAGGUGAUGAGAUUUACAGAAAAGGGGCUAUAUCUGUUUUUGAAGUGGACGGCAAGAAGAACAAGAUUUAUUGCCAAAACGUCUGCCUGCUUGCCAAACUCUUCCUGGACCACAAAACUUUGUAUUACGAUGUGGAGCCGUUCCUGUUCUAUGUGAUGACUGAAGCUGACAAUACCGGCUGCCAUCUUGUAGGAUAUUUCUCCAAGGAAAAGAAUUCAUUCCUGAACUACAAUGUCUCCUGCAUCCUGACCAUGCCACAGUAUAUGAGGCAGGGUUAUGGCAAGAUGCUGAUUGAUUUCAGUUACUUGCUGUCCAAAGUAGAGGAGAAGGUUGGCUCCCCUGAACGGCCUCUCUCUGACCUGGGACUCAUCAGUUACAGGAGUUACUGGAAGGAAGUGCUCCUGCGCUACCUGAACAACUUCCAGGGCAAAGAGAUCUCCAUUAAAGAAAUCAGCCAAGAAACAGCUGUCAAUCCUGUAGACAUUGUCAGCACUUUACAGUCGCUCCAGAUGCUGAAGUACUGGAAAGGGAAGCACCUGAUCUUAAAAAGACAGGAUCUGAUAGAUGAUUGGAAAACCAAAGAGUCAGAACGUGGAGGCAGCAAGACUAUUGACCCUUCGGCCUUGAAGUGGAGCCCGCCCAAAGGAACCUAAGACAAUCAUCUGCAUGCUCUUCACUGUUUCUGUAGCUCAGCAGGUCUUGGUCACUACUAGAAUAGCUCAACACAUAGGAAAGUGUCUUCUUUGUUACAGUAAGACACAAGUAAAGCUGCAGUCCUUACUGUGUCCUGUAUGUGUCACAUGGUUCAGUUCAAACAUUUUGAGUUACCCUAACUGCUCUGUUCUAGUUUUUUAAACCUUGUUAACAUUUCAGCAAGCAUCGUAGAACAGCUGCGUUGGAGAUACUAUCACCUAACUCACUGUUUGACUCUUCAUUGGCAAUUGUUUUACUGUUGUUGUUUUUUUAGUCAUCUAUUGCAUCUCUUUAUUUUAUAGAAACGACUGUUUGACUGUUAAAUAUUUGUGUGGGGGAAAAACCAUUACAGUGUUUCUGUAACUAAUGGUUUUGUGAGCUAAAGAGCUUCUUCUUUUUUAAUUUCCUUUGAACUAGAUAUGUGUUCCCAGCCCUAUUUGACAUUUUAGCCAGAGUUAAAAGAGUAUUUUAUUAGCUCAAGUGAGACAAACCUGUAUUUUGGAACAGACACAUUGCAGUAAAUGUGCAACAUUAACCCUUCAUCAAGUGUUAUUUUUUUCUAAAGCCUACAACGUAAUCUAUUAAGUGGAAGCUUCACUUGGUUGAUAGCAUGUCUUGCAGUAACUGUGAUUUGUGAGCAGCCAGAAUAUCUUAAAUUAGCUGAUCGACCUGUGAACUCCACCUGCUGGAUUAACUCAGACUUCACUAUAAUGUGCCAGCAGCAUGUGUUGUGUUGCCCUUCGAGUUUCUCUCUCCUCUCAAAUAAACUCGUCACUGUAUAACACGA